AUAUAUUUAAGAAAUUUAGAAAAUUAUAUUAUUAAUUUAACGAGACAAUCAAGAACAAUUAUUCAAUAUUUUCCAUCAAUUAUGAGUUCUAUGUUGAAUCUGCUUCAUGAUUGGAUUUUAUCUGAACUGGAUUUAGAUUCCUUCUGAAGGCGCUUCGAUCGUGCAGAUUUUUUUUUAAAUUCUUGCCCGGUCUUUGUUAGUUCUCAUAGUCUCUUACUCCUCUUUCGUCAGUGAUUCAAAACUCAAUUUUUUUUAUGUUCUUACUGAUUUUAAAAAUAAUCGUGUAAAAUGAUCGUCAUUGUGAAAAAGUGUAUAGUAGUCUACGUUGUAUUUUUUAUUUCCUGGGGAUUUGCUUCUUCCGAUUUUGAUGAUCAUUUCAAAAACUGUCAUCCAAACGUAGCCGGUUUUGACGUUUGCAUACGAGAAGCAUUAAAUGCGAUUCGAUCAUAUUUCAAAACUGGAUUACCACAAUAUAAUGUCGCACCAUUCGAUCCAUUUUUUGCAAAGGAGAUUACCGUCAAACGAGGGGUUUCAAGUUUUGGAUUUAUUUUGACACUUAGAAAUGUUUCUGAAAGUGGAUGGGCCAAUAGCAAAGUGACCAAAUUUGUCAGCGAUUUACCUAAUUCAAAAAUUGUUUAUACGCAAAGUUUUCCGGAAAAAUUUUUAUACGGUGAUUACGAAUUUGUUGGUGGAUUAUUUGGAAAAUCGAUCUAUAACAAAGGAAAAUUUACAAUGACUUUGUAUGAUCUAAUCCAAACGACGACUAUUACAAGACCAUUGGGUCAGAAAAUUAAUGUAAACAUCGACGUACAGACGAUAAAAGAUUUGAAACUUCACAUCACGAAUCUUUUUCAUGGACGAGAAAUAAUCGAAAGUAUAUUCGAUAAAAUAAUAAAUGGAGCUUGGCAACCAGGAUUCGUAUUAACCAGAGGAAUUAUUAAUGAAUUAGUAUCGAUUGCGUUUACUGAAAUUUUUGAUAAAUCCUUCAGAAAUUUUCCAUUUGAAAAUAUCAUCAAAAAUAAACCUAUUCGUACUUGAAUCAAAAAAGUUAUUUUAUUGAGAAUAAUAAAUGGAUAUGAUUUAAAUAAAAUAAAAAGAAAAUAUAAAGAACCACAAUUGAUUUUUUUCUAAGCAAAUAUAGAAACGAUUAAACUUUAUCUUCAUUAUAAUAAACAUUAGUGCUAAAUUUCUCUAUAUUUUUCUAACU